AUGUCCAAAUCAGAUUUAGAUUUAAAGAAGAUAAGCGACUACAUCGAUUCUAUUGAAAAUAUUGCCAAGCGGAGUGUCAGUGGUGACAGUAAAGAGAGCAAGAGAAGUGGGAGUAAUAGUGAUGAUGGGGAUAAUGAUUCCUUGUCUGUGCCAUAUCUUGCAAGAUGGCAUACUACAAAAAGCGAUAAGAUAAUCGAAGGCGACCUAUUCAAGUAUAAAGGAAAAGUUAUUGAGAACGUGCACCCGUACAUCAUUCCUACUGUUCGUGAGACGAAGAUGGAUUACUUGAUUAUGUUUGAGCCAUAUACGGAUGAGGAUUUGGGUGGCAACCCCGUUGGAGUACGCAUUGGUGAUGACGAUUCUUCGAGCACCACCAAAGAUGAAGCGAGCACCUCAUCCCCCGAGGAUCUUCAUAAGCAUAUUGUUGCGCUCGAGGAAGCGGUGUUGAAUAUUGCUGCCUAUAUCAGAGAGAAAAGGCUGAAAAAAAAGAAAUGGAUAAGCGACAACACGAGCGAUAUAGUGCAUGUGGACCUUUGUGAAUCGGACAGGAAUGAAGAAGGAGCAAAAAAGAGCAAAAUGGAUGAGUUGGCCUCUGUUGAGAGCCAAGAAGAAGGUGAAAAAGUAGUAGCUGCAGAAGCAGAAGAAGAAGCGACAGCAGAUGAACAAGAAGGCGAGGAAAAAGUAAAAACUGUUGAACAAGAAGCUGACAAAGCUAACAAAGAAGAUGUUGAGAAAGAAGCAGCAGGUGAACAAAAAGAAGAAGCUGAGGAAGAAACAACAGCUGCAUGUGAAGAAAGAGAAGAAGUUGCGGAAUAA